AUGCUCGAUUCUCCUCGAAUGCCUUCACCUUCCAUUGGAGAAUACAGUGAAAAAGGUCUGCUGUCGAAUGGAAAGAGGAGAUCAGGUCUGAAAGCGAGGGCAACUCAGUUACUGGCUUUGAGAUUUGGUUGGGUAGUAUUGGUCAUUUGGUUCGAGGUUGGAGAUUUCUUUCACUCACUAUCAACAUGUCGAUUUCCCGAUUCCAUACUUCGUCGAUCAUAUCAACAAUUAUCAGAAGCCCCUACCCACGUCGUACUGCUAGCCGAUCCACAUGUGCCCCAUCCAGUGUUAUCGUAUGCCGAAGGAAGUAGACCAUGGGUGAAUUGGUUCAAACAGCAGAUGGACGAGUUGUUUAUGAGAAAAAGUUGGAAUGUUGUGACUAGAUUAGGAAGGAUAGAUGCUGUUAUCGUCGUUGGAGAUAUGUUGGAUUGUGGUAGAGGUGUAAUGAGUGACGAUGAAUACGAGAAUUACCAUAAUCUCUUCCGAUCAAUAUUUCAACUUCCCCCAUCAGUUCCAAUGCAUUUCGUACCGGGGAACCAUGACAUCCCUCUAGGUCCAAAUCGACUAUUCUCACCACACUCCAGGGACAGAUACGCAAAUCAUUUUUCGUCGCCGAACGCAAUUUUACCAAUAGCAAAUCAUAGUCUGAUCAUGUUGGAUGCUGUGGGGCUGGUUGAGGAGGACUAUAGGAGAUAUGCCGCGGAGAUGCAAUUUGGUGAAUGGGACGGGGUUGAAGGUGGUGUUAUCGAAUUCGUCAAGGAUCUAGGUGAUAACCCGCCGCCAGCUCCUCGAAUAUUGAUAUCACAUAUACCUCUCGCCCGGCCCGAAGCUUCUACAUGUGGUCCACUUAGAGAAAGGGGGAGAAUACUGAAAGGUGCUGGACCAGGAUAUCAAAAUCUAUUAGGAAGUGAAACGUCUCAGUUCCUGCUGGAUGCUCUACAACCCAGUAUAGUAUUUAGUGGAGAUGAUCACGAUUACUGUGAACAUCGACAUCCACAAGGAGUGAGGGAGGUCACUAUAAAAUCGUUUUCUUCGUCGACUGGUAUAAGAAGACCUGGGUUUCAAUUGUUAUCCCUUAUACCUCCACAACCACAUUCAUACGCUGGUUCAGUCACGCAUGCCGAUCGACCUUGUCUCUUGCCCGAUCAGUUAGGCGUAUACUAUCGAGUCUAUACUCCUCUGGCGAUUCUUACGAUACUUUACUUGCUCGGAACAAAUAUACGAGCAGCGUGGCAAAGAUGGUCAUCUACCAGUAAAGGUGGGAUAUAUGGCGAUUUGAGAAGUAGAUUGUCGCCUGCGAUGAUAUCUUCAGAAACGAUGCCUUCUAAUCCUACACUUUCUGCAAGACGAGGAAUGACUGAUAGACAUGUCCCGUUGACUCUACCAAGUAGAAAAUCAUCGCAACAUUUACCUGGAACUGGAAGUACGUCAGCCACACCUGGAUUGGGACCGAGACCAUUGAGAUUCACGUCAAACCCUUCAUCCGAGCAAUUAGCUUCAAGAGUUCCAUCUGCUUCCGCACCUGUAUCACCUUUCGCUUCGCCAAGAAUGUCGUUCGUAGACGAACGUCCGACAUUAUCUGGAUUCUCUUCUGGUUUAGGUAGAAUGGAUGAAGAUGUAGAAGUCGAUCAUGGUCAUGGUCGUAAUCAUGAUUUACCUUUCGAUCCAUCAUCACCAACACCAAGUGUAUCAAGAAGAUCGAGUUAUAUAUACAUGAAUGAUCGAUCUUCAAGCAAUUACGGAAAUGAUCAAAACACACCAGGAGAACCAACGAAUUCUAACGCAUCCUAUUUUUUACCAUUGCCUUCAAAUGGUCAGACAGCUGGAUUGGGUUUCACUACACCUCAAGGAUCGAAUUUCCCUUUAGGUCUAGGUAUAGGUAAUUCCAACAAUCAACAAACUUUAAGAAGAGUUUCGUCUUCGAAUUUCUCAUUGGCAUCAGCAAUCCCAAACUCGAAUGGAUCCUCCAAUUUCAAUUCCAUUCAACCUCCAGCUCCCAUAAGAAGAGUGACGAUGCCAAGAUUGUUAUCUACCUCAGACUGGUCAUCGGCAGCGUCUAAAAAAGAAAAAUCAUUAUUCGAUUAUGCAAUCUCAUCAUCUUCGAGAGGAGGCAGCAACAAAAGUAGUUUGAUCCAAUUAGUGGAGACAGGUAAAAAAUUUGCGAUCUGGUUGUGGAGAAGUAGGAAUGGUGUAGUAGGUAAAUCUUGGAGAGAAGUUUUGGCUAUUGCUUGGCCAGCUGGUUUGGUUUGGUUACUAGUUAACGCUUUAUUCUUUUUGGAAUAA